AUGCCAUCAUCCAACAAUUCUUCAAAUCAUUUUUCCACCAAUUCUUCAUCUGACGAAGAAGUUCCAAACCCACAAUUUUCUACUCUUCCCGAUCCUAUGCAAAAUCCCGAAGGAUUUUUUAUGAGUCUUGCUGCAAAUUUCAUGCAAGUGGCGAGUUCAUAUCAAUUCGAUCCUCCUCAUCUACCGAUGAAGAAGCGUAAAGUUAUUCUCCGUGAUCGUGAAGGUGGUGGUGAGCGCCUUCAUCGGGAUUAUUUUGUUGACGAUGCAGUUUAUGGGCCACAAUCAUUCCAACGUCAUUUUCGCAUGAGCCGGGCGUUAUUUCUACGCAUUGUGAAUGCGCUAGAAGUCGAUCCUUACUUCCAACAACAUCCCGAUGCUUGUGGGCAUUUGGCUUCUCACCAAUCCAAAAGUGCACAACGGCGAUUCGGAGAAACGACGACGUUGGCGUGCUUGAAUAAAUUUUGUAAAGCCGUUGUUCGGAUUUUUAGCGGCGUAUAUUUGAGGAGGCCAACCACUGCCGACGUUCAACGACUCGCUACAAUGCACGAGGUCAAACAUAGUUUCCCGAGAAUGUUGGGGAGUCUAGACUGCAUGCACUGGGCUUGGAAGAAUUGUCCAGUGGUUUGGCAUGGCGCUUACACUCGAGGGGAUCAGGGCGAGCCCACGAUUAUAUUAGAGGUUGUUGCUUCACAAGAUUUGUGGAUAUGGCACGCCUUCUUCGGAGUCGCUGGGUCAAAUAGCGACAUCAACUUUCUCAACCAGUCCACGUUAUUCAAUGACGUCCUAUCGGACAAUGAAGCAGCGGUGCAUUUCCUCGCCAACAAUUCCCACCACACCAGAGGCUACUACUUAACUGACGGCAUCUAUCCGGACUGGCCGGUAUUCGUCAAAAGCUUCACAUUUAUGAGCGACGAGAAGAAGCGAAGGUUCAAAGUGAUGCAAGAAGCUGCAAGGAAGGAUGUGGAAUGA